CUUGAGUAUGUCUAUCUACCUCGUUCGCCUGACCAACUUCAAUGUCGGGCGCCUCCUCCUCCCACAGGUACAUGUGGAAGAUCACGAUCUUGUUUUCCUCGACGCAGAGCCGUAUUCACAUCAAACACAAGCGUCCCACCAGUUGUGCCAAAUUGUUUCCCGAGAAACCAAAUAUCCACUGCUGGUGCCGAAUUUGUUUCCGACGAUGUUGAUUUGAUGUUUCGCGUUGGAAACUCUUGCGGUGCUGUUUGAUCAGAUUCACCGUUGAUUGAUGAAAUCAAGACAACCGUCAAAUAUCCACCGCCGGGUGGUGUUGAUUUGAUCGGUGCAACUCUGACUGCGAUCGUCAAAUAUCCACCGCUGGGCCAUGUUGAUUUGAUCGAUACACCUCUGACUUCUAACCAAGAACGACCGUUACUACGGUUCACACCUCUCCAAACAAUGUUCGAACGAGGGUGUUUGAGAUUUUUGGUGGAAUCUACGCUACAACUACUCCUAUGGAGAUUCAUGUGAAGAGCUCCGCGACUACGACUACUGCUACAACUAUGAAGAUCCUUCCUGGAAGGAGAGCUCCGGAAAGGAGUUACAGAGAAAAAGGUAAGUUUGACAGAUGUGUUUCUGUGUUGAUUUGGUUCCCCUCUCUCUCCUUGCUCCGGUGAUUUUAUUUGAAAUCAAUUGCGUAAUUUUCAUGCUCCGAGGAACUGCUUCCUCAACUGCUUCAUCGUAAACUCCCAUGUGUCUUGACUUUUCUCCACGGAGUCGUAGUCUUCAACUGCCUCGCGUCCAUUCUCCAAUCUUCCAUGCGUAAAAGCCACGUGCGCACACAUCAACUUUGUACCACAACGGUUUGAAUCACAACACCGCCAUCGAUUAAAAAACAUUGUUGUUUCACCCCACACCACCAUUGGACUCCCAACAUCGUUCAGCUCGCAAAGUCGUUUAACCCAUGGUGUUAUUGAACUUACGACACCAUUGAGAUCCACGGCGGUGUUGGCUUCGCGACACCGUUUAACUCCGUGACGUUGUAGAAUCUCACGAUGCCAUGCUGCCAAGAUGAGCUUAGAUUCGGAAUGCAGCUAAACUUGACGUGAUCACAACUGAAUUGACUAAACAAUGAUGUGUUGCUAUCGAAAUCACAAACUCAUUGCAACCGCAACAACGGCGUUGACACCCACCACGGUGUCUUUGAGAUCUCACCCUUGCAACGCCACUGAACUCCCAGUAUUUAGUUCGUGGCAUUGUCGAACUCGUGACCGCGACAUCGUCAACCUCGCUAUGCCGUCGUCGAACUCGCAACGUCGUUAAACUUGCGGCAUCGCUACGUAUCGCGAUACUGUUAUCUCGCGGCGUGGUUGUUCUCACGACGCCGCAAAAAUAUAGUAAUUAUUAAAAAUAAUAUUUUAGGUGUAAACAACCUCAACCCCAAUCAAAUUACGAGAUGACUAAAUUGAUUUAAAGGGGUAUCAAACUCAAUCAAUCCCAGUCGAGUUACCAUUUGACCCUGAUAAAUCUUAAAAAGAAUGAUACUCGAGCCAUUCCAUGUUUACUAUAAUAGCAAAGCAAUCAAUAAAAUAAGAUUUAUGACUUUACUCUCAGCUUUUUGUUUACAUCUAUUUCAUCUUGUCAUUUUAACAUUUCCAUGCUUCAGUUUAUUACAAGCAAAAACUAUAUUUGUAUUGUUUAAUUUUGUUUUCUUCUUCUCCCCUUUGUUUAUUCCACCACACAUAUCACAUAAUAAGCUAACAUCCAACUGCUUGAUAAGUAAGCUCAGCUUUGGCAAACUUAAACAAUCUCAAAAUAAUAAAGCAACUUGAUAAUUAAUACUCGAUUUUGGGAGGUCUUUUGAAAUAUCCCCUUUGGUCUAAAACCAUCCCCUUUAAACUAAACAUUUUUUGUACCAAAACCAAAAGCACCGAUAGUAAGCAAAAUUCAGAAUUUUACCAAACCAAUAAAUAAACCUAAUUAGAGUAGUAGAGUUGAAUCUUGGUUCUAGAACCAUAAAAAUCAAAUCUCAAAUUUGCAUAACAUCAAUCUAUUUCAAAUUGACCAAAAAUCUAAAUUUCAACUCACAACAUACUUCUGAAUUCCUAAACCAAACCAUUUUUUUAAUGAAAAACACCCUAAACACUAAGAUAAAAAGAGGGAAAUAUCACUACCUUCCUUUUUCGCUAAGGAUCUGCGAAAAUGAAAAAUGAAGUCAGAAGCUAAUUAAAUACUUGAAUCCGUAGCAAAUAGUAAAAUCAAAAGGAAAAAACACCAAAGGGAGUUCUAGUGAGAGAGAGAGAGAGUGCUAGAGUGAUCUUGGAGAUUAAUUGAAGGCUUGGGUUGAUCUUGAAGACAAUGAUUCAAGCCUAGAAGAAGAAGAAGAAGAAGAAGAAAGAAGAUUUUGGGCUCCAAUUUGUAAUUUCUCUCUUCUCUCUCUAGAAACUCAUCCUCUUCUCUUGGGUUUAAGAACCAUAGGUCUAGAUUUGGGUUUAAUAUUGAUGUAUGUGACACAUUCCAUGUUUGAUUGAUGAUUUUACUUGAUUGAUGGAUGUUUUCAUAAACGACAUGAGUUGUGUUUCCAUUUUCAUGUAUUGAGCUUUUGACAUAGGAGGGAGAAAAUCCCCUUAUAGUCCAUUAUUGGCGUCUUCAAGUCACUCCUCACCCUAUAUCGUCCGAACAAUCCCCGAGGGAAUCAAUUCCAUCAAUAUCCUACGAUAUAGGGUUGCCCUAGGUUGAAUAGAGCCUACCACAUUCAUCGAUUCGCCAUUCUGGGUCAUUCCCGAGGGAGUCCAUCUCCUAACGAUAGAUUAAUUUAGUCAAUCGAGCUUUCGACCUAGGAGGGAAACAACUCCUCACCCUAUAUCAUCCGGGCAAUCCCCGAGUGAGUCGAUUCCCUUGAUCUCCUAUGAUAUAGGGGGUGCCCUAGGUUGAAUAGAGCUCCUACCCAUUCAUCACUUCACCGUUCCGGGUCCGUCCAGAGGAAGUUCAUCUCCUAAUGGUAGGAUAGUGGGUUGAUUGAAAUAGGAGGAUACUCAACAUUGAUCCAAAGGUCAGAAAUAGGGGGAUUUAAUCCAAGGGAGCUCCCUACCUUGUAAAUAGCUAGGAUUAGUGGUUAGUCUAGGUUAGUUAGUUUAGUUGUAUUAAUCGCUAUCCUAGGUUGGCUAGAUAACGAACCCUAAACCUAAAUUAGGGUAAGCCUAGAUCCCCGUGAUACGAUAAAUUCUUAUUGCUUGCUUGCCCUAUGCUACACCUAGUUGUCGGUUAUACUUGGUCGACGAUUGGGAUGUUGUAGUUAGAGUGAGUUAAGUUUUUGGUGCCAUUUCCAGGGAGCCAUUCUUGGUUAUUUGAAAAAGGGUUAGGUCGUUACUUUAGCCGUUUUGUUUUAUGUUUUGUGUUUGUUGACCCACUCUUCUCUUAAAGGGUGGUUUGGGUUGUUUGAUUUUGUUUUUGUGUUUUGUGUUUGUAGGUUGAAUUAUGGAUCCUAAUGGCUUCUACAAUAUGUGGGGGUAUCCACAACCACCUGAAUAGGGGUACCCUAGAGCUUCAUGGAGUGAACAAGAAGGUGGAAGCCAAGGAACUGGGUUCUAUGAUCAACCUCCCUUCCAAUAAGAGCAACCAUACCAAUGGGGAUGCCAAGAGGCUUCCCCAUAUCAAGAAGAUUUCCCUCCACAACCCGAGGAGAAAUCCAAGUUGGAGUUGGCCAUGGAAGCUUUCACGAGGCAUUCCUCAAGAUCGUUGGCCACUGCGCAACUGGAGCCAAAGAGAAAAAUGGAGCUCAUGGUGGAGCGGUUCGCGCGAGGCACCGAUGAAGGGUGCUCGAACUUGGAUCUCCCACAACCCGAAGAGAAGUUCAGAUUGGAGCUUGCCAUGGAAAAUUUUGAAAGAGAAUGCUCCAACAUGGAUUUCCAACCCCUCCCUCCACCCUGUUUGACAUUAGAAGAGAAGGUGACACGAGCUUGUGCAAGCUAUCGCCUCUCUUCAUUGGAGGAAAGCGAGGAGGUUAAAAGGGCAAUCAAUGAAAACCGUGUGGAUCAAGUUUUGAAUGUUGGUGAUCGGGAGCGAAGGGCGGGUGAGAUCCGGAAGAGCAAGGAGACGUCAAAACACCACCAAAAUCUCUUCAUUGGUCUUCUUAUUGAAUGGAAAAGAAAUGUAAACCGUUGAUGGUUGGGUUUCAUCCCACCAAGCGCUUCUUUAAUGUCGUGAGCCGGACGGUUGCUCUUCAAGUUUCGGUCCACCCAAGAACCUCCUUGAAGUUGAGGUUCUCGUCGGUGAGGUGGUGUCUCAAGUCACGAGCUUUGGACGAGUUCAUGAUUGAGGGCUCGUGACCUUGAGUGGUUUUGAGGCUCCAUCCACGAGACCUCUUCUUCGUUCCUUCUUCUUUCUUCCCUUUGCCCCAUGUAGUGCAUACUCGAUUGGUUUCCAUCCCAUCCACCAAGAGGGAUCAGCGAUGGUUUGGCCUUGUCUUGGCAAAGAGCCGCAAAUGGGUCCUUUUCCAAAAGCGCAUCGAGGUCGGGUGGAAAGCUUUGUUCGCACUUGUAACUUGUUGAAGCUUCAUCCACCACGACCUCAUCUUCAUCUUGGACUUCACUUGCUCCUUCUACUUCUUCUUCAACCUCCCUUCCUUCUUCUUCAAUUUCCCCCCGUUGGGAACACUCGAGAUCUUACCUCUCUUUAAAGCUCGCUUCCUCCUCUUUUAACCUCUUCUUUCCUCAUCUUUCCUCGCUCUUCCGCAAGCAAGCGUUGAAUAGCGAGUCUCCAAGAUAUGUCUUCGAUUGACUUGACACUCAUCUCUUCAUUGAGGACUUCCUCUACAACGCUUGGGGUAAAAUGUGGAAGAGUGGUGGCUUCCUCAAGAGGACAUUCCAAGUCUCGAACAUCAUGGUGGCCAUCCGUGAUAACUUUCGAGCGUUCCAAUUCCUCCUCGAGGCUUUCCUCUUCAUCUUUCUUUUUCACCCUCUUCUUUCUCCUUUCCUUUCAUGUAUUCAAGCACGGUUUGGAGGGCAAGGAGCCAUGCAAGAUCAUAGAAAGGAUUCUCUUGCUCCUCCACACUCGUGUCUUGGUCUUCAAAGUUGGUCUCGGGAAGGGGAAAGUGACAAGAUUCGUCAAUGCAACCUUCUUGUUCAUCCUCACCAUGUGAGCUCUCCGAGGUGAGUUCGUCUUGCUCCACACAGUUGUCAUUGCUCGCCCUUUCAACCUCCUCGUUCUCCUCCAAUAAUGAGAGGCGAUAGCUUGCACAAGCCCGUUCCACCUUCUCCUCCAAUAAUGAGAGGCGAUAGCUUGGACAAGCCCAUUCCACCUUCUCCAAAAGUGUCAAGCCGGGAGGAGGGAGGGGUUGUGACAGGCUAAAACACAACACCAAACUGCGACCAAGUGUAAUCGCAGUAAGAAAGCAGGAAUUGGUACGGUUUUCUCAAGCAAAGAAGAGUCACUCGGGAAUGAGUCCCCCUAGCUCCUUAGUUAGGUCUCAAUUGUAAUUACCCUGGGUUGAUUUACUGUUGAUUAGACUGCGGAAGAUCCGACAGUAGCUUGGAAUCUCUUAAGCUGACCAAGCCCUCUCAGUCUAACUACCCGGCAGACGACUAGUCUUCACCGGGGUAGAUAGCUGAAGCAAUAAGCACAGAACUACACUACUGGAAUUGGAUUCCAGUACAAAGCAGUAAAAUGGUCCUGACCCCACUGUCGAGAGUGAGUGAUUCAUUCAUCAUGUUUUGUUCAUUUCUUAUACCCCGGUGAGGACCUAGGUUGCUCUACUGUUCAUUCCUAUGAUGUGAUCUUCAUGCAUGAGUAAAUGUCAGACGUCAAG